AUGAAAAUCUUGGUGCUUUGUUUAAUAGCAUUAGCUAUAGCAGACAAAUUCGAUCAAUUCAGAGCAUUUGAUGAGGAUGAAUUUGGUAGAACAUUGAUUGAUACAUUAUAAAUGCAAAUGAGUACAGGUGAACCAAUUGCUCGUUUUAUCGAAAUUAUGAGAAACCUUGAGACUUCAAUUGAGAAUGAAUAAAAAGAAGAUGAUAAAGCCAAUAAUGAAUAUUAAAAUUAAUGCACAGAGGACAUCAAAAUUUUAUAAUAAGAAAGUGCCAAUUUAGAGAGAAGAACAGUUGAAAUUCAAUCAAUUUUGGAUGAAUUAGAACCAUUAAGAUCAUACAAAUAAGGAUAAGCUGAUGCUAAGAAUGCAUGGAAAGUAGAAACAGAAAAGAAAUUAGCUGAUUUAGUAAAGAAGAGAGAGACUGAAAAGGCUGAAUUCGAUAAAAAAGUUGAAGAACAUGAUUAUGCAACAUUUGUUAUUGAAACAGUUAGAAGAAUGUUUUCUGAUAAAAGUUAAAGUUUCUUAUAAUUGAAUAAUGAAUCAUAAUGGCAAAAAGUCAGAGAUUACUUUAUUAAUGCAUCUGAAUAAGCAAGUAUAUAUGUUUAUAAUAAAUUUAGAGAAAUUUGAAAUCAAGAAGAGUUAUUCUAAAAUGUUUAAUGUUUUAGCUGAAAUUGCAAGUGCUGCUUAAUCUGAAGAUUUCUAAAAUUCACCUACAGUAAACAGAAUUGUCAAUCUUUGCGAUCUCAUGUUGAAACAAAUUGAAGAUAGCAAAGCUUUGGAAACAAAGGCUGAACAAAAAAGAUUGAAUAUGUUUGUGUUAGAAAAGGGUAACUUUGACAAAGAUUUAACCAGCUUAAAUAAUGCUCUUGCUUAAUUAACUGCUGCUAUUUUAGGAUUAGAUAAUAGAAUAUAAGAUCAAAAGAGAGAUUUGGCAGAUUAUAAUGCUAGAUUGGCUGCCAAAAAUAAAUAAAGCGAAGAUAGAGGAGGAGAAUGUAGAGAAAAAGCUUACAAUUAUUAAUUAACAAGAGAAAAGAGGUAAUUUAUUUAUUCAUUUGUGUUUUAGAGAAUAAAAAAGAUAAUUAGUCUCAUAAAUCAUUGGUGCAUUCUCUGCUAAUCAAAGAGACUUUGCAGAAUAUGUUAAAUUAAGAGGAUAAGCUGGAGAUUUCAGAGGAAAAAACUUCCAAAUUCUAGGCAAUCCAACAGAAGAUUGAUUAUGAAAUGUUCUUAAUAUAAACAAAU